CCAGCGGUGGCCAUCUUGGUUGUGGGCAGACCGGUGAGGGGUUGAGCCUGCGCGGCCGACCUUCCGCUCUGGCGGUCUCGCUAAGAAAGAGGCUGGUGGGCGUCCGAGGCCACGAUGACCCAGGCUGAGAAGGGGGACGCGGAGAACGGGAAGGAGAAGGGCGGGGAGAAGGAGAAAGAGCAGCGCGGCGUGAAGCGGCCCAUCGUGCCAGCGCUGGUGCCGGAAUCGCUGCAGGAGCAAAUCCAGAGCAACUUCAUCGUUGUAAUACAUCCAGGUUCAACCACUUUAAGAAUUGGCCGAGCCACAGACACACUUCCUGCCAGCAUUCCUCAUGUCAUUGCAAGAAGACACAAACAGCAAGGGCAACCCCUAUACAAGGACAACUGGCUCUUAAGGGAAGGAUUAAAUAAACCUGAAAGUAAUGAACAAAGACAAAAUGGCCUUAAAAUGGUAGAUCAAGCAAUAUGGUCUAAAAAAAUGUCAAAUGGCACAAGACGAAUUCCUGUGUCUCCUGAACAGGCACGUUCCUACAACAAGCAAAUGCGACCUGCAAUUUUAGAUCACUGUUCUGGAAAUAAGUGGACAAACACAUCUCAUCACCCUGAGUAUUUGGUAGGAGAAGAGGCCUUAUAUGUUAAUCCACUGGACUGUUACAAUAUCCACUGGCCUAUCAGAAGAGGUCAGUUAAAUAUUCACCCAGGACCUGGGGGCUCCCUUACAGCUGUUCUAGCAGAUAUUGAAGUCAUAUGGUCUCAUGCAAUACAAAAGUACUUGGAAAUCCCACUGAAAGACUUAAAGUAUUAUAGAUGUAUUUUAUUAAUUCCUGAUAUCUAUAAUAAACAGCAUGUGAAAGAACUAGUGAAUAUGAUACUGAUGAAGAUGGGUUUUUCAGGGAUUGUGGUCCAUCAGGAGUCUGUGUGUGCUACUUUUGGAAGUGGCUUAAGCAGCACUUGUAUUGUAGACGUUGGGGACCAGAAGACAAGCGUGUGCUGUGUGGAGGAUGGGGUAUCUCAUCGGAACACACGGCUUUGUCUGGCCUAUGGAGGAUCUGAUGUGUCAAGAUGUUUUUAUUGGCUCAUGCAGCGAGCUGGAUUCCCUUACAGAGAAUGCCAGUUAACAAAUAAAAUGGAUUGCCUUCUUCUGCAGCAUCUUAAAGAAACUUUUUGUCAUUUAGACCAGGACAUCUCUGGGCUUCAGGACCAUGAGUUUCAGAUUCGCCAUCCAGAUUCUCCUGCCCUGCUUUACCAGUUUCGGUUAGGAGAUGAAAAACUCCAGGCUCCAAUGGCUUUGUUUUACCCAGCAACUUUUGGAAUUGUUGGACAGAAAAUGACAACUUUGCAGCACAGAUCUCAGGGUGAUCCUGAGGAUCCUCAUGAUGAACAUUAUCUACUGGCCACACAGAGCAAGCAAGAACAGUCUGCAAAAGCUACUGCUGACCGAAAAUCAGCAUCCAAACCCAUUGGAUUUGAAGGAGAUCUUCGUGGCCAGUCCUCUGAUCUUCCAGAAAGACUCCAUUCUCAGGAGGUGGAUUUAGGAUCCUCCCAGGGAGACUGCCUGAUGGCAGGCAAUGACUCCGAGGAGGCCCUCACUGCACUGAUGUCCAGGAAGACAGCCAUCUCACUGUUCGAAGGGAAAGCCCUAGGCCUUGACAAAGCCAUCCUACAUAGCAUAGACUGCUGUUCAUCUGAUGAUACCAAAAAGAAGAUGUACAGCUCCAUCCUGGUAGUGGGCGGUGGUUUGAUGUUUCAUAAAGCUCAAGAAUUUCUGCAGCACAGAAUUCUCAACAAAAUGCCACCUUCAUUCAGGCGAAUUAUUGAAAAUGUGGAUGUGAUUACAAGGCCCAAGGACAUGGAUCCUCGUCUGAUUGCGUGGAAAGGAGGGGCAGUGUUGGCAUGUUGGGAUACUACUCAGGAACUGUGGAUUUAUCAGCGAGAGUGGCAGCGCUUUGGUGUCCGCAUGUUACGAGAGCGAGCUGCUUUCGUGUGGUGAAAUGGGGAGGAAAAGUCACCGUGGAAGACCAAAACAGUCUCUUGGUAUAAAGACUAUAUAUGUGUGUGUUUUAAUUUAUUGGCCUAGAUGCUUAAUUUUCAAGAAAAAUGAAUAAAUUUCAGUUUUAUGUUCAUAAUAUGA